AUGAGAUUUAGAAUACAUAAUAAAGCCCUAGUCUCUGAUAUUGAAAAGGCGUUUCUCCAAGUCGGGUUGCAACCACACCAGAGAGAUGUUUCACGGUUCCUCUGGGUUAAAGAUUGUCAAAAACCUGACCUAUUAAGUGAAAAUGUGCAAGAAUAUCGCUUUUGUCGAGUACCAUUUGGAGUGGUGUCCAGUCCUUUUCUACUUGGAGCGACAAUUAAUCAUCACCUUGAUUCAUACAAUACAGAUAUUUCUAGGAGAAUCAAAAAUGACAUUUAUGUGGACAAUCUCAUAACUGGAGCUAAUACGGUUGAUGACGCAAAGAGACUUUAUAGUGAAGUCAAAUCAAUGUUCGAUGCUGCAUCGAUGAAUAUGAGGGACUGGAUCUCCAACAAUGACGACGUCAACAAAUAUAUUCCAGAUAAACACAAAUCGCAAAGUAAAAUAUUGAAGGUGCUUGGAUAUAAUUGGAAUGCUGGAAAGGAUCUGAUAUCAGUGAACCCAUCAAGUGUACUGAAAACUGAUUCCACUGAUGUAACGAAACGUCAUGUAUUGAAACAGCUUGCAUCGGUUUAUGACCCGUUGGGAUUGUUUUCUCCGAUCAUUCUGCGUGGAAAAAUGCUGCUUCAAACAAUGUGGAGCAAAACUUAUGACUGGGACGACGAAAUUGACAAAGAUUGUGCAAAUAUAUGGGCAACUGUGAAAUCAGAUCUUCAACAAAUAUCUGACUGUGAAAUCCCAAGAAGUGUUACAACUGAUGGAAGUAAAGAAACAAGUUAUUCAUUACAGUGUUUCUGUGACGCUUCAAAGGCUGCAUAUGCCAAUGCUGUAUAUAUUCGUCAGAAAAAUAACUGUGAUUUCAGGUCAGACCUUGUGUUUUCAAAGACAAGACUUGCUCCAACGAAGGGCAUGUCGAUACCACGGAUGGAAUUAAUGGGUGUUCUCAUAGGUGUACGGUGUGUGAAUUUCGUGAAGAACAAACUGAAUUUGCCAAUUGAUGAAGUGUGUUUGUCUGAUUCACAGUGCGUUCUUAGUUGGAUUGCUACAGAUAAACCGUUGUCAGUAUUUGUUCAGAACAGGGUCAAUGAAAUAAAACAACAGAGUAACAUAAAGUUUGGUUAUAUUCCGUCAGCGGAGAAUCCAGCCGAUAAAGCAAGUCGCGGGUGUUCGUUACAAAGCUUGAUUGCCAGCGAUUUGUGGUGGCAUGGUCCAGUGUGUUUGAAGCAACCGAACAUUCUACCAGAAAUCACCAUAACACCCGAGUUCAAACCAGAAUUAAGGGGAGAGAAGCAAGAAGUAGAAUUAGGAGUAUUAUCGCCUGAUCAGAAACAGGAAGCAGAUCAAUACAAACCACGAUCAAAUGGUAUGUUUGGCUUAGACUCAGAGAACUUUUCAUCAUUGACAAAGUUGUUAAGAAUUACUGCCUUUGUUUUGCGUUUUGUGAGAAAAUUACAAAAGAGAUCUACAGAGUGUGGUCCGUUAAAAAGUUACGAAAUAAGCGAAGCGGAAAUUGCAUGGUUACAACAAAUACAAAGCAACCACUUCUUAGAAGUAUUCACUUCAAUCUCAAAGAAGAAGCCGCAUAAUCUACAAAGACAACUUGGACUGUACGUAGAUGGUAAAGGGCUUCUGAGAUGUCGAGGUAGACUGGAGCAUGCAAGUAUGAGUGAAGGUUCAAGGCGUCCGAUUCUGUUGCCACAGAAGGAGAGGUUUACAGAGUUAAUCAUAGAAAAGUGCCAUAAACAGUGUCUUCAUAGUGGUGUUUCACAAACGUUGUCCAAUCUGAGGAGCAAUUACUGGAUUCCACAAGGUCGCGCCACAGUUAGAAAAGUGUUGGGAUCAUGCAAUGUAUGCCGUCGACAUGAAGGUGGAAGCUACAAAAUGCCAUCUAUGCCGCCCCUUCCUAAAUCCAGAGUGUCAGAAUCAGUACCUUUUUCAAAAAUUGGAUUGGAUUAUUUAGGGCCAUUGUACAUUCGCUCAGAUUCCGGAUUGAAAAAAUCAUGGGUGUGUCUCUUCACAUGUAUGGUUAUACGUGCAGUACAUCUAGAAAUAGUGCCUGAUGCAACAACAGAAGAGUUUCUUGUAGCCUUGCGUAGAUUCAUCGCCACUAGGGGUAAACCGGAUGAAAUUACAAGUGAUAAUGCUUCACAAUUCAAAGCUGGAUCAAAAACGAUAAACCUAGUGUGGAACGAUGUGCUUAAAAGUACGGAAGUACAGGAUUAUGUUUCAAGGGAAGGUAUAAAGUGGAAUUUCAUAGUAGAACUGGCACCAUGGAUGGGCGGUUUCUACGAGAGACUUGUCGGAAUAGUUAAACGAGCUUUUCGAAAAACCAUAGGCCGUAAGUUACUUACGUUGAUGCAACUUCAAACUCUUCUCAAAGAAAUAGAAACUGUUAUAAAUUCCAGGCCACUUGUCUACGUUGGAGACGAUAUCAACUCCACCAUUUCACUUUCUCCAAAUCAUUUCCUAACAUUAAAUCCUAACACGGGAAUACUGGAAAGUGAUUAUGAUGAUCGGGAUACCGACUACGUACCACGUGAAAAUUUUAGUGAAAAGUUACUUAACAUUUAG